AUGUCUUCGGAAGCGAGCCACCAACAACAUCGCGACAACCAUAAUUCUUUACCACCCACACGCACACGCACAAACUCUAAGACCGGGAGACUAGCUCUGCUAGCUAUUCUCGCUGCGAUCCUCGCUCUACUCAUCGCCUUGUUCUACGGUGACUCCGACAAUCUGUUCGGCUUUCGAUCACUUUUUGGACCUUCCUCGUUCAUUGCGAGGUCGGUAGGAGGCGUUUUUUCUCGAUCUGGUUCUACGUUUGCAUUUGCGUCCACGGGGACAGCAGCAGCAACAAUAGCCACUACAGCAGCAACAGCAGCUAGCACAUCAGAAGCCCCAGCAUAUCCCCAGCAAGGCGAGAGUUCAAGCUCCAAGAUGAAUAAGAAUAAGACGCCGGUUUACUUCCUCAGUCAUGGCGGGCCAAACAUCAUGUACGAUACCGAACACCCGGCCUACCUCAAACUCGCCGAAAUCGGCCGCGAAAUCACACACAAGGUCAAACCGCGCGCCGUGGUGGUUUUCUCGGCGCAUUGGCAGGGCGGAAGGGAUACGAUCCAUGUGAAUACGGCCGAGAUGACGGAUCUGAUCUAUGACUUCUAUGGCUUCCCCGACCACUACUAUAAAGAGACAUACCCCAAUGUCGGUAGCAAAGAAGUGUCGCAGAAGGUGCUGGAUUCGUUGACACAGGCGGGCAUUAAGGCGGAGGGGGUAAAGAGGGGUCUUGAUCAUGGUGUGUGGGCUAGUUUUAAGUGUGCAUUUGAACCGGACUCCAACCCCCUCGCCGUCCCAAUCGUCCAAGUCUCCCUGUUCGACACCGAAGACCCAAUCCAGCACUACCGCCUCGGCCAAGCAAUUAGCCACCUCCGCGAAGAAAACAUCGUAAUCAUCGUGUCGGGGAUGGCAGUGCACAAUCUGCGCGAUAUGCGGUUUACAUUCGGCGACCCGCGCCCGCUGCCGUACGCGGUCAGUUUUGACGACGCGCUCAAGGAAGCCGUCACUACGUCCCCCGCGGAAAGAGAGAAGGCUAUGGCGGCGUUGCUGAAGCGUCCGGAUGCGAGACAGGCACAUCCGUCCUUCGAGCAUCUCCUUCCUAUUCAUGUUGGGGCUGGUGCUGCGGGAAUAGAUCUGGGGGAGAGGCUUUGGACGUUGCCGGAGGGCAGUAUGAGUUGGGCGCAAUUUCGCUUUGGGGUGGUGGGGGGUGCUAAUGGUGCAGACAGUUCUUUGUGA